UUGAAAUUUCAUGUCCGUACGUUCCACUCGUCAGCAAAUAUCAUUUUCAGAGUGUGUGAUGAUGAGAAUCCAGUGAUCAGUCGUAGAGAAUGCGACAACUGUGCACCGUCAAAUGUUCGUGCGCAAAAACGGAAGAAAGGACGUUACUGUGCAAUUUGCGAUCUCUAUUUCAGGAGGAUGAAACGACCUCGUCCAUACACUGUUCCGUUGAAGCAAUCAGUCGAUGACGACGAAGGUGUGGUAACGGUCGAUGGAAUGGGUUCACCUCCACCAAUAACUGGUCUAAAAACUGCGUGUCAAAAAAGUUCUUCACAUGACUGCUCGUUCACAUCAUCGCAUUAUGCAAAAAUUCGUCAACAGAAUCUAUCCCAAUGGACUAUAGAUGAAGAGCUUGAAGCCCUCAAAGGAUUUCAUCGCUUUGGCAAAAACUUCAAAGCAAUCUCGGAGUUGGUGAAAACGAAAACACCUGAAAUGAUACGACGUUUUUAUGAGGAUAAACAGUCAACGUUUCGCAUAGAAUAUGUUAGUUGA